ACCCUCAACAACCCCACCAUCCCCAGCGCCAGCGGAUCGAUUCCCGAGACACGAGCGCCAGCGGAUCGAUCAUUCGAUCCCCACCACUGCCCGAGGCCCCCUCCUCGCUGACUUGGCUCCUCCGCCGUGGCCGGAGGCGAAGCAAGUGUAAACCAGCCCACCCUCCUCCCCGUCUCCUCUCCCUCCCCAUGCGCUGUUUUGUUCUGUAUUGGGUUGUGCGCGGGGGACAGGACGCCUCCUGCGCCGACCGUUCCGUUCGUGUUUGUGCCUGCCUGUGCCUUCGGUUGUUCCUCUGAGCGACGGCGAGUCGGCGACCGAGGUGGGGUUCCGAGCGCCCCAGCCCGUGGUGGAAUUCGUUUGGUCUGGUUGUUGCGGGAUAUGUUCUGGAUAUGUUCUGGAUAUUUCGAUAUUGGAGGGUGCCAUUAACAAAUUGAUGAGUUUGACCUCCCUACUGUUACCAGUUUGGGGACCACAGAAGCAUUAGCUGGGUGAACUCUUUCAAAAGGGGCAGGUGCGCUAGUUUGAAUGGCUGCUACAAAGCUUCAGGCCUUUUGGAACCACCCUGCUGGCCCCAAAACCAUUCAUUUCUGGGCGCCAACAUUCAAAUGGGGUAUCAGCAUUGCCAACAUAGCCGACUUUGCAAAGCCGCCUGAAAAGAUAUCUUACCCUCAGCAAGUUGCUGUUGCAUGCACUGGAAUCAUUUGGUCAAGGUACAGCUUGGUUAUCACACCGAAAAACUGGAACCUUUUCAGUGUUAACGUUGCAAUGGCGGGUACAGGCCUGUAUCAGCUUUCACGGAAGAUUAGGCAAGAUUACUUGUCUGGUGAGAAGGAUGCUGCUCCACAACUGCAAGAAUAGAUAAUGACAACACACAAAGAAUAACUGAUUGAGAAGUCUGCGGCCUAGGGAUCUUACUCUUGAUUUUUCUGGGCAGGCAAGGAUAUGUCUCGAUCCAGGACGGGUCAUGUUUGUUUUCUUGUUCUUCUGAAAUCAUGAGCAGGUCAAUGUGAAAAUCUCCUGCCAAAAAAAGAAGCCCAUGAAGUAAUAUUUUGUGCAUUUUUGUGGGAAAAAAGUCAUGCCAGGACAUGAUUCGUAUAUUGUCCUUUUGUUCACUCUAUCUCGUAUUUGUGAACUCUAAAUUGUUUGCCAAUUUGAUUGAUCAUAGCCCAGUGUUCAGAGAUGUCAGUGC